GAAUACAAUGCGUGACAUAAAGAAGAGACUUCCCACAGCUAUUCAGCAGUUGAAGGAUCGCCUUCUUCAAGAUGAGGUUUCUUUUGUUAGUGUGCACCGCAGCACUGCUUCUAUCGGGCAACGUGGCAGAAGAUGACCCCCCAAAGAGAGAUGAACCACAACUGGAAGAUCAAAAGUCCCCAAAGGCCGAAGAUCCAGAGGCGGCAAAGUCAACUCCAAAGGAAGAUGAAGCAGAUGACGCAAAGUCACCUCCAAAGGAAGAUGAAGCAGAUGACGCGAAGUCCCUUGCAAAGGAAGAUGAAUCAGAGGUGAUAAGGUUCCCCUUCGAAUAUGGCUCAAAGGGUAAAAGGGUAGCAAAGGCAAAUCCAUACCCACGUAGAUAUUGGAAGAUCAGAAGAAAACAAACUGAGCAGUCCAUCGGGAGGAUGGCUAAAAGGAUACCAGAAAUGCGAAAAAAUUACGCUUUGUCCAUGGAGAAAAACAAGACAUUAGCCGCGAAGAUGGAAGCUUUUAAUAAGAAGUUGUACGAUGUGACAAUGGAUCUGAGAAGGGCUCAACAGCAGGCAGAAAAUUGCAAGGAUGUCGAUACGGGAAAUCCAUUGAUACCUCAGUGGAAUAUGAAUAAUUCUAGAAUAGGCCCUGUCUAUACAUUUAGGUACAUCCGUCUGCUAAGGUACCUACGUGCGAAUAUUGACAGGGAACUAAAGGCUGUCACGAACUUGAAAUGGAGUAGAGAGAAGAGAAAAUAGUCACAAUUCUGCACUUCUGACGAAGAUUGUAAAACAUUUUUAAUAAAUUGUGAUCAAUAAAUCGUAGCAAUUGCUGGAAUAAAUAU